AUGCAGGUACCAAGCGCGCGGCGCUUCGUCACGGCGCUGUGCGUGCUGCUACUUGCCAGAAAAGGCGUGCAGAAGCUCCGUCUGCUUGUUAUGUCGAUUGUGACGCAGGUUCAUGCGCUUAAAGCGACUCAAUCGUCUGCUGCGCCGUCUUGGCGACUCUUGAGCGUCUUGUUGAGCGAUUUGAGCACUCAUCGUGUGCAUAAAGUGCUCAUAGCCGGGAAUCACUGCGUUGUUUUGCUCAAAAACAGUCUGGAGACGUACAGGGUGUUCGUGCCGCCCUACACUGCAGGCAGCAGCUUUAUUUUGGAUGCACUCACGCGUUCUGGCGUGGAAUUUGGCGCGGUGGCACCGUCGAGAUCCAAGAUAUUUGUGCCAAUUGCAGUGGCGCUCAUGCCUCUUCUCUACUUGGGACUUAGCUACAAGAUGCUGCGUGGAAUUGUGGGCACUGACACGGGAGCUGUGGGCAAAGACGGGGUGAAGAAAACGAGAAAACAGCACGAGAGUCAACGGAUCACGUUUAAGGAUGUCGCGGGAAUCGAUGGAGCUAGACAGGAGUUAGAAGAAGUAGUCGACUUUCUGCGGUACCCAGCUCGGUACCUGGCUAUUGGGGCCAAAGUACCAAAAGGAGUGCUGCUCUGUGGCCCAUCGGGAACGGGCAAAACACUCUUGGCUCGAGCUGUAGCUUCCGAGGCAGGUGUCGCAUUCUUGUUUUGCUCCGCCUCAGACUUUGUGGAGACGCUGGUGGGAAGAGGAGCUGCCCGAGUGCGAGACCUCUUCACGCAAGCCUCGCAGUCCCCGCAAUGUAUUAUCUUUAUUGACGAGAUCGAUGCGCUGGCAAAAGUCCGUGGUGGAUUGAACUCGAACGACGAGCGUGAGCAGACAUUGAACCAGCUGUUGACUGAGAUGGAUGGAUUCGAAGGCAAAGGCGAUGGGAUUAUCCUGAUUGCUGCUACAAAUCGUCCGGAAGUGUUGGAUCCGGCAUUGUGUCGCCCUGGUCGCUUUGACCGCCAUGUCUACGUCGGCUUGCCCGAUGUCAAAGGACGUGAAGAUAUACUGAAGGUGCACUGUCGUAGUGUGCGUCUGGACAGCGAAGUCGACCUAUCUGUUGUCGCGGAGGAAUGUGGUCAUCGUGGUCAGCGCUCAGGAGCUCAGUUAGCAAGUCUGGUCAAUGAGGCUGCAUUGUUGGCAGUGCGUCAAGGAGAAACGAGCAUUAAACACGCGCAUUUCAAACUCGCGAUGGAUCGCGCUUUUGAGUCGCAGUUGCGCACCAUUUCUGGAUCGUCAUUCGAGCUGACAUUAGAGAACGAAUCGUAG